AUGCCAAACCCACCACCGAAGGAGGAUACCUGGGCGUUCCAGCCCAUCGGCUCGCCGUUCCCGCCAAGUCCGGUUAAGUGUAUGGGAGAGCAGAACAUGUACGUCGCAUUGUGGUACAAACACGGAAAACCGAUCCAUGGAAGAUCGUGGAACAACGGAGGAGUCGUCGAAUGCUCGUUCCCAUACAAGACCGCCGAGUUGACGACGAAGCAGCAACUCGAGGGACAGAUCCAGGUGCUUCAAUACGUUGGAGACCACAACAACCAGGGAUUCUGGUACGAGUGGAUCAAGUACAAGGACCGUCUUGAGAAGAUCGAUGAUAAGCACCAGCUUGUGCGCUGCGGUGACUCAUUCCCAAUCUUCUGGAAACGCCCCGAAGGAAACCUUCUCGGUUACGUCGACAACAAGACUGAAGAGGCUUGGUUCUCGAUCAACGGACAGGUCAUCAAGAAGGCCGGUUCGAAUGAUCUCGCUGAUAUGUACAUCAUCAUUCGCAACUGUAUCGGCGGUCCACCAAACUGUCUCUGCAAGAACUGCGCCGCUGCUCCACCACCGCCUAAGCCAGUGCCACGCGUCGUUAUCGAUGAAUGGAUGGAUAUCCGUGAGGGAGAUCCAUGGCCAACCGAUCGCCAACUUGUCAAGGCUUUGGACAAGUCUCUCGAUACCUUGGCGGGACUCCCGGCAGACCAACAUGUCGGUCUCUGGUACAUGCAAGGAGAACCAGUUAUGGGUCGUGUCUGGAACAACAACGGAAAGGUGGCCGCCUGCUUCUCGUGGUUCAACAACGAAUACGCGAAGAACGUCGGUUCAAUCCAGGUGCUUGUUCAUCUUCCUGACCAUGUUCGUGGUUUCGACUACGGAUGGAUUCCAUUCCCAGAAGCCGCGAAAUUCGGAGAUAAGGAAUGGCACCCGGUGCACGUCAAUAAUCACAAGGGAGACAUUUCUGUUGGAGUCGUCAACCUUCCAGGAGGAAAGCAAGUGCUCGCUAAGGUUGACGUCCGUAAUGAGAAGACCGGUUAUGGAUACCAAGGAAAGGAAGUGUCGGCUAUUGGCAAGGACUGUGCCAACAACACAAUUGUGCUUUGCCGCAAGGCCAAGCCAGGAUACAAGCUUGACGGAUAA